AUGGCGACGAGUUUCCCAACAAAGGAAGAACAAGAUCUGAGCAAUCAGCAAUCUGAGCAAAAAGAAAUGGUAAUAGACAACGCAUUAUUUGCGGAACCAUUCUCACCAGACAAUAAUCCCGCGGCCAUGGGUCCCGUCGCUACGACUUCCGUAGCCACGGGUCCCGUCGCCGCGGAUCCCAUCGCGGCGGGUACCCCCUCCGCACGUCCUCCGGCCGCACGUUCGUACCCUCCACGUCGGAUCGCCACCGCAUUUCCCCCCGCCCCACAUCGGGUCCUCGCUGCGGGUCACUCCGCGGCACGUCCGGUCGUCGCUGCAGGUCCCCCCGCGGCACGUCCGGUCGUCCCCGCGGGUUACGCCGUCACGACCGUCUCAAGACAGCUCUUCGCCUCCGCAGCUGCUGUCUCCGUCGCUGCCGCUGGUGUCCCCCUCGCUGGCGAUAAUGGAGAAGAGGAAAGCCGAGGAUACCGUGGCAGAAAAUAA